AUGGCCCGGCCCUUCGUGCGCGGUGCUCUAGGUCCGCUGGUCCGAUGCACGGUGGAGGUAGCAGCGGCGCCGUCUCGCAGCGCCGGGCGCACUGUCACGCCCAGCUUCGCACCGACGGCUCGCUCGUCGAUACUCCCAUUCGCCAACCGAACAGCAUGGCGUCGUCCAGAAUGGAGGAGCUUCACGAGCUCGUCGAAGACUUCACUCGCAGACCCUUCAAGGGAAGCUCCUUCGUCAAGCAGCGCCGGAAACCCAAGUCCAAGGCCGCAAGACAAGGACGAGGACCGCCCAUCGGGCAGAGAGUCUGAUCCCGAGCAGGUCUCGUUUGCGCAUACACCACAGGACGAGGCACCGACAAUAGCGACGCGUUCUGCGUCCCAAUAUUCCGAGCCCUCGCAGCGACCUUGCUCGACUGCGCGCAAGCAGGGUGAUGCUGACUCGCCGCCAGACCUGCAAUCGCGUCUGCGCGGUCUCGCCUCCUCGCUCCCAACCUUGGACGCGCUCACGUCCUCUGCGUCGCUAUCCUCUGCCGUUUCAGCGGCGAGCCAACGCACACGCGCACUGGCCUCCGACAUGCGCAGUCGGCUGUCGACGCUGGCGGCGCAGUACAACACCUACUCUGGCUAUGCGGCGAUCGAGUCGCUCAAGCAGCAAAUCACACUGCUCGAAUCGGACCUCGACUCGAAGCGCACGCUUGCCGCCCAGGCCAAGCGGGACUACCUCGAUUCCGUGCAGAGUCGAAGUGCAUCUCAGCGCGAGACGAAUGGCUUGCUAUCGCGCAAGCACUCCUGGACCGAAUCGGACCUCAGUCGAUACACGCAGCUGCUGCGUGCGGAACAUACGAUGAGCAAGCACGAAGGCGAGGCGGAAAAGAGGCUCGAGCAGACGGAAGCCGAGGUGCAAAAGGCAUUCGAUAGCAUGAUGAAGGCAGUCAUGGUGCGCUAUCACGAAGAACAGCUGUGGUCCGAUAGGAUGCGUGGCAUGAGCACGUACGGAAGCUUGAUCGUCGCCGGUCUCAACGCCUUUUUGUUCAUCCUCGCCAUCUUACUCGUGGAGCCGUACAAGCGUAAGAAGCUCGCACAGACCUUCGAGUCGCGCCUCGUAGCGGCCGAACACGAGUCGAGACAGCUCAUCCUCGCCAGCGUAGAGCGCUUCCAACACUCGCUCGACACCGCCCUCACCCCACCACCAUCCCCUGCUGUUGAGCCCGACAAUCUCCCCGUCGAGGCUCUACCCCCCGCGCCAGUCGAGGUGCAGGCGACAGAUGAAGCGGCUAGCCAGAUUCGCACGCGCAAGCACCAAGAGGAACGCCUCGUCUUCGCCUCCACCCUCGGCGUCGUCGUAGGCGCCGCACUCUCGCUCCUCAUCGGCGCCUGCUGGACAUAA